AUGUACCAACAGGAAUUACGCCCAAUCAAAGACAAUCGAUUUAUCAGCGAUUCUCCUUCAGAACUACAAGAAGCCGAACGUACUCCGAUAUCAGGAUAUCAGCAUCUACCACUUGUUUCGUUAGAACAAGCUACAAACGAAAUCAUUCAACUUGUUCCUGGCUUUGAAAAGUGUCAUGUGGUUACAGCUGAACAGAAGUGCAAUCGCGCUGAUAACAUUUUGACUAAGGAUGAAGCAGCAGCAAUCUAUCUUUACACAAUGCCAACACCGUNUUCUCUUUCAGAACUACAAGAAGCCGAACGUACUCCGAUAUCAGGAUAUCAGCAUCUACCACUUGUUUCGUUAGAACAAGCUACAAACGAAAUCAUUCAACUUGUUCCUGGCUUUGAAAAGUGUCAUGUGGUUACAGCUGAACAGAAGUGCAAUCGCGCUGAUAACAUUUUGACUAAGGAUGAAGCAGCAGCAAUCUAUCUUUACACAAUGCCAACACCGUUUUUCUCAUAUUUGAAUAAAGCUCUUCGAAAUGAAGAUCGACAGGUGUUGAAACCAUGGUUUCCCUUCCUCAGAUUGAUGAUGCAUGCUCUCGAGAAGUUACCUUCACUGGAAGCAGAUGUUUGGCGAGGUGUUGGACUUGACGUUGGCUCAUAUCUUCAGAAGAACGACGAUUUAACAUGGUGGAGUAUUAAUUCAUGUUCGAAGGAUCCAGGUAUCGUGGAAGUAUACUUAGGAACGGAGGGCACUCUGUUCGACAUAAAAUCCUGCAAUGGCAAGGAUAUCUCGUCUUUCUCGGCAUUUCCAGUCGAACAUGAAAUUGUUUUGAUACCAGGAACUCGUCUCUGUGUUACAAAGAAUAUUGCCAAAAAAAAUGAUUUUAUCAUUGUUGAACUAGAAGAAAUACAACAAUCAUACGUCUCAAACGCGUCGGGAAAUGCGACGAUUCAGUCUCCACUACAGUAUCAAAUGGCCGGUAACAAAGAAGCAAUGAUACAACGUGUCACAGAUUGCUCUCCACCACCACAACUUUUUCUUCCGCCUAUAUCAGGCUAUGACGCAUCACCACUCGUACCGCUUGAAAUAGCUGUUCGACCUCUCAUGUCGAUCCUGCCUGAUAUUCAAAGCUAUGUCUAUUCAGCUAAAAAGAACUGUACAAAUCCUGCUGAUGGUUUAACACCAGAUGAAUCAGGAGCGAUCAUGCUCUACACGAUGACGUGGCAACCAUUUGAGCAAUGCCUUUACUAUGUCUUGAAUCUGAAGCUACGAUCUAUCAGUAGAGAGGACCUUCGGCCGUGGUUUGCCUAUUUGAAACUACUGUUGACUGCGUUAUCAAAGCUUCCAUUGAGUACGAAACGGACUAUCUAUCGAGGCAUUAAAGUAGACUUUCACAAGCAGUAUGUCAAGGGUGAGAUGAUUGUGUGGUGGGCUUUUGCGUCAUGUACGACAUCAAUCGGUGUUUUAAGUUCCGAAGUAUUUCUGGGUCAAACAGGCAGUCGAACAAUGUUCGUUAUAGAAACUGAUUCGGGUAUCAAUAUUCGUAANACUGCGUUAUCAAAGCUUCCAUUGAGUACGAAACGGACUAUCUAUCGAGGCAUUAAAGUAGACUUUCACAAGCAGUAUGUCAAGGGUGAGAUGAUUGUGUGGUGGGCUUUUGCGUCAUGUACGACAUCAAUCGGUGUUUUAAGUUCCGAAGUAUUUCUGGGUCAAACAGGCAGUCGAACAAUGUUCGUUAUAGAAACUGAUUCGGGUAUCAAUAUUCGUAACCAUUCGUACUUCAGGAAAGAAGAGGAAGUACUCCUGCUACCUGCCACACAAUUCAAAAUUAUGGACUGUCUUCCUCAAGGUAACGGACUGUAUUUCAUUCAACUUCAAGAAAUUCAUCCGCCUGUUGCUCUACUACAGCCAGUAACGAUCGGUAGAAGCUAUUCCAAUGCACAAAAUUCUAUUUUAGUCAAUAUCUAUUUCGUUUUAGAACGCACCUAUCCAGAUAAUAGCAGGUACAGAGGUCAUUUUAAAGGUGGCAAGAGGCACGGAACAGGCACUUACGAAUAUGCUAACGGAGAAAAAUAUCAGGGUGAAUGGAUUAAUGAUCAAACCAAUGGAAAAGGAAUUCGUACAUUUCCGAGUGGAAAUCGUUAUGACGGAGAAGAAAAGAAUGGGAAACGGCAUGGUUAUGGGGUGAAUUAUUGGACUAAUGGGGAAAAGUAUGAAGGCAAUUGGGCUAAUGACAAAAUAAAUGGCAGUGGAAAAUAUUUUUGGCCGACGAACGUGCAGUAUGAAGGAGAAUUCAGAAACGAUAAGAAGCAUGGACAAGGCACACUAAGAUGCGCUAAUGGACGUGCUAAACAAGGCCCGUGGAACAACGAUCAAUUUAAAGGCUCAAAUUUCCACUACACUGAAAACAAAAAAGGUUUUUGGCGAAAUCUUUUGUGUUUCGUCAAAAUCUAA